AUGUAUGUUGCCAUUAUUUUUUCGAGUAUGGAAAGAGAAAAAAGAUUAAUAUCUUAUUGUCAAUUUAUAAUUAAUGCUAUAAAUAUUAUAUCAAAAACAGUUAUAAAAAAAGAUAUUAGUAUUUUAAAUAGUGACUUAUCAUAUGCAUUAUUCGAUAUAGAAUUUGACGAUGAAAUUUUUAUUCACGAUAGUUUAGCAUGUCCGAAUUACAACUGUACUGAUAUUGUUAAUGAGGGAGAAAGCGAUUGCUCCUGCGACUAUACGGACGAAAGUGAUUGCCCCAAAACGAACGGUAGAGAUCCAGCAUGCGAACCAUGCCCAUCAACUUUUGAAGAAAAAAUCGAUAAUAUUUUAUUUAAAGGUGAUAUGUGUAAAGGAUUGGGCGGCACAACUAGCACGGUGAUACCCCCAUCAAAAACCAAAUCAAAUUUAAAAUCAAAUCAAUUCGACAAUUCAAGUUCAACUGAACCAGCAAAUAGCUGGGUAGUAUUGGAGUUAGAUAAAGAACAAACUUUUACAACCGAUAAAAUCAUAGAGUUUAGAUAUAAAGCAAAUGCGAAAGAGUGCAUGGGCAUGUUUUUAAAAAUUUCACCAUUGGAGGGUUUUCCGAUGUCAUACUUUGGAUCUUUACCAUCAAAAGAUUUAAUUAGAUUCAUUUCUGGUUCAAGUUUACAAAGAAACGCUGUUUAUAAUAUCUGUCCAAGUGAUAACUGGGAAAAACAAGACCACUUUACCUAUAUUAAAAGUUGGACUACCGAUACCUAUUAUAUAUAUGUUGAGCCCCAGCAAGUACAAACCACUUUUACAAUUGUUUUAAAGUCCUACCAAGUGCCUAACGAUAUACCCAAGCCAGAAGAAAGUUUGUGUCAAAACUUUUUAGAUUCACAUCGAUGUAUAAAUGAGGGUGAAAAUACUUUUGGUGAGCCCUAUGGUCAAGAUCAAAAUCAAUAUUAUACAUUUCAGGUUUUUGAAGCAUCAAAUUAUUUCUUUCAAUUUCCAUCAAUUUUUUUAGGCAAUUUUAUAUAUAUUUCAGAUGAUGAUCAAAUCAAAUUUCCAAACAAAAACAAUGCAAAAUGGAUCAAAGAGGAUUCUUAUGAAAACUAUUUAACAUUACAUUUGGAACCAAAAAGCAAAGGCGAACCUUUAACAAUAUAUUUAUGUGUUACCACAUUCAAUCCAACAAACUAUUCGUUUACAAUAACAAGAGAAGGAAUUCUUUAUCAAAAUAGUAUUUAUUCCCAGUCUUCACAACAAGGUGCUCUUUUAUUAUUAUCAUCAUCAAGAUUUCUCUCGCCAAGGGGUUGGUAUUCUUUAUGUAUUGACUUUGCUGAUUGUAAACCAUUUUCAAUUCUAUACCCAAGACAAGAUAUAAAUCCUUUAUACCCUGUCCCUGUAGCACUUUAUGAUGCUGCUGAUUUUGACUAUAAUGGUGUCAAUCCUCCAAACGAUAUAGUGCUCAAUAAUACUUUUAGGCCAAGAUCUUAUCAAUUUUCAUUUUUGCUCUCUUUUAAUAAUGGAAAGGGUAUUUCAAACGAAUAUCUAUCUUUUGAGGAUGCAAAGUCCUCAAAACUUGAAUUUUUAAACACAAUUUCGAGUUCAAAUAAAAGACCUUUAAAUUUAAUAGUAGAUGGUUUCGAAGAAAUAACAGUAAACUCAUGCGACUAUCUUAAAUACAAAUCCACACUAGGGUCAAUUAAAGAGCCAAAUAAGACACCCACUCUACAAGAAUUAAACGAUUGGAGAUAUCAACUUGGAAUGCUAGAGCUUAAUGAUAAUUGGAUAGCAUGCAACUCCAAAGCAUACGAUUUAUUAUCUUUUAAAACAAUGGUUAAAAAUAUUUCAACAUCAUCAUGCUCCUAUCACUUUAAUGAUCAUAGAUUUAGUUUAGACCCAUGCUGCAACUCAACUCUUCAAUAUUAUCAAUGCUGUAAUCCAAGAGUUGUCCAAAUAGAGGUGCAAAAUUACCAAGAUAUUAACAAAGAAAUGGUAAUGGACCAAUGCAUUGAUUUUGAUUGUACAAAAUCUGCUCUAGAAGAAUAUGGUGACUAUCUUAGUGAUGACAAACAAUGUGAUGUUCCAUUUUAUCAAUCAACACAAAUUCAAUUGGCCUCAUAUAAUGCUCUACGUUCAUGUAAACCAAAGACCCCAAACUGCUUAACCAAUAGUGACUGUUCAAAGUAUUCUUUAAAUAACGAAGUGGUAGAAUGUGAUUUAUAUACAAGAAGGUGUUUAAUUGAUAUUCAAGUACUUGAUAGAGAAUAUGUCGCAUGUGUCAUCAAUAAACUUUCACCAGCAGUAUUAUAUUCUUUUAGUGAUAAAAACACCACAUCAUUAAACUUAACAGAAAUUACAAUCGAAAAGUAUAAUCAACAUUUAGCAGAUGAUUGCAUUAGCGGUGGUAGUUAUCCAACUAGAACAACAUAUAAAUAUUCAACCGAUACACCAUAUUAUGGAUACUACCCUAUAAAUGGGUGUUUGGACGAAUCAUGCUUAACCCAUUAUGACUCUGCAUUCGACUAUCAAGUAUCGGGCUGGACAUGGGAACCAGAAAUAGAUAUUAAGGAGUGCAGUGGUUUUGGUUUUUGUCCUCGUCUAAAUUGUAAUUAUAAUUUUAAAUAUGGAUUAUCAGAGUAUAACUCUACAUCAUCUUGUGAAGAUGCAUGUGACUCAUUACCCUCAGAGUUUUGUGGCUAUUGUUCAAACAAUAAAGAAAGUGCAUGUUUUGUUUCUACCGAAAAUACAAAACAAUCUUGCGAAGAAAAAUCAGUUUGCUUAUUAAAAAAUGGGAAAUAUAUUCAAGGUGUUACAAAAGAACAAUGUGAAAAUGAAAAUGGUAUUUGCUCACACCCAUGCUCAAGAGAAUGCACCAGUCUAUUACAAUCACCAAUUUGUGUAACAAAUGAUAAUAGUAUGAAUAGUUGCCUUCAUUCUAAAAACGAAUCUUUAGACCAAUUUGAAUGGGACCCAAGCUAUCAUUUCUGCCAAGUUUUGUCAUUAACCAGUGAAGAUAGUUGUGUAUCAAGCGGAUAUAUAUGGAGAGACUGUACUAAACAACCAAUAGACGAGUGUUAUGGCGAAUGCCGUUUAAGAGAUAUAGCCUGUAAAAACAAACAAGAAUGCCUAGAUAGAGGAGGAGAGUGUUCGGAUACAUUUUAUUUCUCACAGAAAAGCUCAAUAUAUUACCCAACUGGUAUUGGCAAGUGUGUUAGACAACAUACUCUAAUAUCACCAACAGGGGUAGUUGGAUGUCAAACUGAUGAAAAUGAUACACCAAAUGGAUGCUAUAGUGUCGAUCCAAUUUAUUUUUCAAAAAAAGAAUGUGAAAGCCAACCAGGAUAUAAGUGGUGGGGCAGUGCAAGAAAUAAAACAGAUUGUAUCUCCCAAAUGGGAUGCCGUAUUUUAGAUCAACAAUCAUUUACAAACCUACCAUUCAACUACAAGUUUAAUGAAAUGGAUGAAUAUCAAUGCGAAUCUUGUUAUGAAUCAUUCAAUACUUGGGCAAAUAAAUUCAAUUGGACUGAUGCAGUUUGGUUUAGUGGGGUUUAUAAACAAUUAAAUUGGAUAUCCAACAAAACAUAUGUUCAAAGAGAUAUUAAAAAAGUAUUUAGCUAUCAAAGUUUUUAUAAUGACCUUAAAGACUCGACCGGUAAAAUUAUAGCAAACCUUUAUCGUUCUCAAACUUAUUGCAAAAAAGAAAGAAAUCAAAAUACAUUAAACUCAAUAGUUUGUGGGUGUUCAUUUAGCGAUUAUUAUUCUGGAAAUGACAGCAGUAAUAGCAAUAAUAUUAGAUCACUUGAUGAAUCAGACUACUCAUCUAGAAAAUGCUUUACCUCAUCCAAUCCAUUACUAGGACUUGUUCGACAGUGUAAUGGUGAAAACUCAACACUAUCAUUUGCAUUUGGUAAAAUUAUAUUACCAAACCUAUUUGUUUCAGCUGGUUGCCAAGUUAUUACCGUUUCACAACUCUCAAAAAAAACCUAUACUUCAUCAAGAGCUGAUACCCUCACAUCAAAUUUUGUAAGCUAUCAAAAGCCAGAUAACUAUGGUGUACUAAAUCAAAAAGAAGGAAUUAUUGGUACACUAUUAACUGAUGGAAUAAUUAUUAAAUCUGAUUACAGACUAUCACAAGUUUUAAUAUGUUUUAUCUUUUCUGAAAAUCCUCAAAUUUCAAAAUACCCAGUAUUUGACUUUGGAUAUAUCCCACCAAACCAAUCUAUAAAACCAUAUCCAAUGGAAGCAGAUAUUUUUGAACUUAAUAAAAAUGGUACAACUUAUAAAUGCAUAGAAAGCGAUGUUGAAUCCAAUUCAACAUUUUUUUUAAUGAACAGAAAAGAAGAUUGGGAAAACGAAGAUAAACAAGUAUUUGACUCACCAACAGUUUCUUUAUUAUAUAUUCUAGCAACUUUAUUUUUGGUUACAACAUUGUAUGGAAUUUAUCAAAUUAUUUUUAUUACUAUGCAGCUAAGAAUCGACAAGAAGAACCUCAAUACAUCUCAUUUAUUAAUUGUAUUUGUAACCCUAUUCAUCUUUUUACGUUCAAUUUAUUUUUUCAUAAUGCCAAAAGGUCUAUUAUUAGCAAGCCCUGUGGGUGACUAUAUUUUAGUGGUACUCCCAACCUUUCUUUACUUUACAGCGUUCUCAUUAAUUAUUGUAUUGUGGUUUAUAAUCAUUUUUUUGGUUUUAAAAAACAAUCCAUCAGGCAACUUAACAAAAAGAUUAUAUACAAUUGUAUUUAUAGUUAAUGUGGUAUUAUACAUUUUAUUCGUUUCAAUUGUAAUUGUUUUUCAACUAACAAAGUAUACACCCAACAACGAAUGUGGCUCAAGAAUUAUAAUAGAAGCAAAGAACUCGAGAGCCCAAACCACAGUAUCAAUCUUAUAUGCAGUAAUACAGGUCUUUUUAUCUCUUGUGCUAAGUGGAUCAUUUAUUUAUCUUGGGUCAUCAAUCUACAUGACAAUCAAAAGAAACAAAUUAACAAUUAAAGGAAAACUGGUUAAAAUAUUCGUCCUCACAAUUGUUUGCUCUGUAACAUUUUUUUUACACUCUAUCUUUAUUUUAAUUUUAGAAGCCACAAAUAUCUCAAGUAUCGCCCUUAGUUUUAUAGGUCUUUUAUUAACCGAAGUUCUUCCUGCAGUAUGCAUUUUCUUCAGCUACGAUCAAAGAACUCAAUUAAAUGAAUAUAAAAAGAAUUGUAAAAGAGAAAACUCAAUUUCAUUAUCUAGAAAAUCAAACUCUAUUGGCAAAAAAGAAGGUUCAAGUACGCCCUCAGAUAAAAGUAGUAGUAAUAUAGAUUUAAAUGUUAAUUAA